AUGGCAGGAGAGACUGGCAUGGACCAGAUGUCGAACGAAACAACCGUGAAAGGAGAACAGGGCCAUAACUCUGUUCUCAUCCCCAUCUCUAGCAAAUUUAACUCCCACCUCACAAACACGGUUCACCGUGUACCAGCCGAGUUGGGGAGCUCCAGUUCCAGUUGUGCGAAUGUGAACUUAAAAGAGAUUAGCAUGGACGCGAACUUGUACGCAGUAGUCAUGGAAGGCAAAGAUGGCCACCACUCUGAACUCAAGAAGUACACUGACAAAUUUGAAUCCCACGUCACCCCAACUAAAAACACGGUUCUUCAUGUAGCAGCCGCGUUUGGCCGCUCCUGUUGUGCGAAAGUGAUCUUAGAAGCGUCUCCCCUUCUCUUCUGCCGGAAGAAUACCGACGGUGAAACUCCGCUCCAUUUCGCAUUGGCGGAAGGGAAGUUAGAGAACUUAGAGGUAGCCAAAUUGCUCAUCCAGCACGCAAAAUCUGAGGUAGUAACUAAAGCCGAUGGCGGAGAGCCUGGAGCGGCGCUCACGGCGAUGUUGAGUGCAAGAAAUCACAACGGAGACACAGUGCGACACUUAGCGGCGAGGUUUGCGAACGAAGAAAUUCUUGUGGAAAUAUUACAUACAGAGUAUCCAGAGAUAGACUAUGCCCAGAAUAAAGCCGGAGAAACUCUUCUGUACUUGGUCGUGGUGCGGAGAUUUAAAGAAUUUAAAGAUAAGGAAGAUAAGGUGGUGAGAUUUAAAGAUAGGGAGGUGAGAUUUAACGCUAAGGUGGUGUCUCAGAUCAUAGAAACUUCCAAAUCGCUGGCUUACGACGGUCCCAGUGGCAGUACGGCUAUGCACAUGGCUGCGAUUAACGACGAUGUGGCAGUUAUGGAUAUAUUACAUAAAUGGAAGAAUCAUCUAAUCAAGAAACCCGACGCAUACGGAUGGACACCUCUUCACUUUGCUGCUCGUUGCGGUCGCAUUAAUGCCAUCGACAGGCUAUUAUCGUUGGAUAAAUCCUUGGCAUACGUUACUGCAAGCAAUGACUACGAAGGGAACACGGCCCUUCAUAUAGCCACUGCUUUAGGAGAUACAAAAGUGAUGAAAAGGAUUUUACAUUGGUGCCCUGAUUGUUGGGAGGUGGUGAAUAGUAAAAAGCAAAACAUUCUUCACAUUGCUGCCGAUUUGGAGAGAGAUGAGGCGAUGAGCAUUAUCCUUAAAAUGCCUUGGGCAACCCGUGUUAUUCAUGGGAAAGACAAUGACGGUAACACGCCUCCACAUGUGCUUGCUUCAAAAGGGCAAUUAGACCGGUUUGAAAAGCAACGGCCUUCAUCCGUCAAAUACGGUUGGAAUUAUACGAGUGUUUUCAACAAUAAAGACUUGACACCCCGGGAAGUGCGAGAUCAGAAUGAGUCCCGAACUGUAGAGACAAAACACGAGGAAAAAGGCAAAACGUGGCAACGAGAAAUUAGUUAUUACAAUCGAAGAGAUAUACCCUCGAAGGAUCGAGAAGCCGUGAACAAUUGGAAGGAAGCGAAAGUACGGAAAGAGGAAGGACGGAAAGAUGUAGAUGAACAAAGGAGAAAAAAAGCCAAGACUCAUAUGAUAGUGGCUACACUCAUAGCAACCAUUUCCUUCACAGCCAGUUUCACGAUCCCAGGCGGCUAUGAUCCCAACCCAGAUUCUAACCCAGAUUCUAAGCAAGGCAUGGCAAUUCUACUUAGAGAAUUUGCUUUCAAAGUAUUUGUCCUAACCAACACUGCGACCGUGAUAUUCUCCGCUUCAUCUGUAUUUUUGUUUGUCUCCGCCUCAAUUUUCACCAACAAAACGGAAGAGGACAAGCAAAUCACCCGCUACAGGAUUGCCUUAGCGCUUACUAUAAUGGCCAUGGUUGCAAUGAUGGUUGCCUUCAUUAGCGGCACUUUUGCAAUGUUAAAACAUUCUUUAGGCUUUGCAAUUGGCACUUGUGUUAUGUCUUGCUUCGCCUAUAUUGUUUAUGCUUCAGAAUUCUAUACAUUCGUCACAGAGAAAAUAAAAAGGGCUUUAGAGAAUGACCGUCAACCAUAUCUCAGCAAUGAGGAGUACUCUAUCGAAGAAGGGCAACCUUUAGAGAAAAAAAAGAGAAGGAUCGGCGACAGUAUUUCAGUCAUUUUUGCUAGACAACGCCAAAAACGUAAGAAUGGCACCCACUGA